AUGGGUCGUAUGCAUUCGAAGGGUAAGGGUAUCUCCAAGUCGGCUUUGCCGUAUAGCCGUACGCCACCCUCGUGGCUGAAGACCUCACCUGAAGAGGUCGUGCAGCAGAUCGUGAAGCUCGCCCGUAAGGGUGUGACGCCUUCACAGAUCGGCUCUCAGCUUCGUGACAGCCAAGGUAUCGCUCAGGUGCGUUAUGUCACCGGUAGCAAGAUCCUGCGUAUCCUCAAGAGCGAGGGUCUUGCUCCUGAGAUUCCUGAGGACCUUUACCACCUCAUCAAGCGCGCUGUUUCUGUGCGCAAGCACCUUGAGCGCAACCGUAAGGAUAUGGACAGCAAGUUCCGUCUCAUUCUUAUUGAGUCGCGUAUCCACCGUCUGUCCCGUUACUACAAGACUACGGGUGCCAUUCCUCCAUCCUUCAAGUAUGAGUCGUCGACGGCCUCGACUCUUGUGGCCUAA